AUGAAGACUACCACAAACUAUUUGAUCUUGAAUCAAGCUUGUGCUGAUAUUUUGACGACAACCCUUCAGACAUUCAGCUAUUUUUUACUUUCUCUCGGGAGUAAGUGGUUUGGAGGAUUAUGGGGAGAUAUCACGUGCAAAUUGUUAAAAACGAGCGUUGUUAUUCUUCCUAAUUUCUCUGUUUGGAUUCUUGUUGCCAUUGCUGUUGAUCGCUUUUAUGCCGUAACGCGACCUUUUAUGACCUCUCCUUUAUCUCGUCAUUUCAAGAAAACAGUUGUCUUUCUGUGGGUUUGGUCUAUUGCUUCCGCAACUUACUUCAUUACCUUAGCCAAGUUAGAAGUAAGAACUGACGGUCAUUAUCAUUGCAACCUGAAUACUUUUCCAGUCGAAAAAAGCAUGCGGACGCGUGGAGAGCAAUAGGAAUCUCAGAGCUUGUCCUUAACGUUUUUCUUCCUCUUUUGCCAAUCAUAGUUCUAUAUUCAAUUGUUUGCCUUAAACUAUGGUCACGUGACAUACCAGGAGAAGGAACCAAUCAGAAUGAGCGGCAAGCAGAAGCGUUGAAAAUUGCUAAGAAAGUGACCCGGAUGAUGAUUGCUGUGGUGGUGUUGUACUUACUCUGUUGGCUGCCUUUCUUCGUUUUGUUUUCUAGCAGUAUUCUUCGUUAUGGUUAUGUCAACGUAAACCCUAAUUUGCUUUUUGUUUAUCGUUUGGUUAACAAUCGCUUACUGUGGACUUAAUCCAUAUGUUUAUCUCACAUUUAGUCAAAAGUUCCGAAAUGGUUUUAAACUUUUAUUUGAGGAUUGCCUUGGAAAAGUCCACAAUUUCCUUUCUGCUCGUUCUCAGAGCGUAGAGUUGGAACAAAUAUAAAAUGAAUUUGAUUUUGUAUCUUCGGUCGGUUAUAAAAGGAGUUCGAAACCUGCAAUUGUUGUUAUACUGCCAAAAACGCAUGUGUCACGAAGCAGAAUAGCUCAUUGAAUUAAUUCAAUAAAUUAAAUGUAAAGUUCUAUUUCAUUGUUCUCAACUGAGUACAUAGAACUUGCCUGCCUUUCAAAAUACUUUUACUUCGUUUUCCACCUUCCUCGCUCAAUUCGUCCGAACAUGUAAUCAAAAAGUUUAAUUGAAGCUACAGAGACAAGAAAUCAAUUUGAUGAAACGAAUCUUAGAGGUACGUUUUCAAUCUGACUCCCACUAAACAAAUAGCCAUAACAUUGCUUUGAUUUGCCUUAUGCUUUUUUUUUUAUCAUGCAAAUGAAAUUGAAAUGAGAAAAGUCCUGCUAAUAUCAUACGCUAUACUGUAGUGGUAUACUGCAAGGUUGUGUAUUAAUAGUGCUGAAUGCAAGUGGUUGACUAGAAGGAACUGAGGCACGUUGUUUGCCCGCGUCAGGUGGACUUCCCUCUAGAACAUCUUAGUACAGCUUUCAUUCUUAGGGAAUAUAGGAAGAACCUUCCAUACGUUGUGGUUCAAUUUUAACCUUGAUUUAAAUUUUAUUUUUCUUUAUUCUGUGGUAUGGUAAUGUGUGAUAAGUAGUUUGAAACAAAGGUCAAUACAAUUUAAACCUGAAUUCAAAUCUUGCCGUUUCAAACUGAUUUUAUCAGUUUUCUCAAUAUAAGGAAAAGCGUAACAUUCUUGUCUAGAAUUGGACACUACAGUCAAUAGGAUGAAUGACGCAAAGGUCGCUACCUUGAGAGAAAAAGGAUCGGAAAAGAAGGAACAACAACAAUUUCAUCCUCCAAACUAAUCAUUUUAAUUUCUUAUCAUAACUUUCUCGCAGCAAAUCUUACAAUUGAGUAGCUGACUAUUGGUUUGGAAGGGUAAUUCGACUCGCUGUCUCUAGCUUGCCAUGGCAGGACCUAAUAUGAAAUCAAUUUUUAACAUUAGCCUCGAUUUUCAGUCACAAGGUACUAAAUCUCUAAUUCUUAACAGGUAAAAGGUCUCCUGGAAAAUUGGGAGAUAAAAAUGGGCUAUCAGAAGUUUCGUUUAUAAUUGCAAUAUGUCAUUGCUCAGUUAUGGACAACGUACAUUUACUAAUUUUUAAGUAUGCGCCUACAGUCCAAGUUCACUUUUGUUUAAUUAUAAAUAAUCCAUAAAACGAUCAUGUGCGAGGAAGACCAUUUGGCAUUUUUUUUUUCUAACAAAGCUACACUUUUUACCUCCAUUUUCGACCCGGUAGCUCUUACCAUAAAAAGGCUAUUUCUAAUUAAAAAGUAGUGUUUACUUCAAUUUAGAACUGAAAGCGGAAAUUUGUUAGAUUUGAAUGUAUAUUUGUUUAAAUAAGUUGGCGCGCAGUUAACUGGUGGCUGUAAAGCAAACUGCUUUGAUUGAAACCCAAUAACCAUCACAGUGGUAGAAAUGAAAUAAUUUAUUACUGCGGAAGCUGCGGGGCGUGGGGGCGGGGGGCCGUUCUGGUGGAGGCGUAGCUACCUACGGUAAAAUUGUACAGGUUUGGCCCGCCUAAAGGGCGUGGUUUUUCGCUGAGGUUAGUUUUGGUCUGACAAAGGUAUGGAUUUUCCCCCGUGCAAUAUAUGAUGUGAAAUCGGUAUGGUUUUCUAGGGAAUUACGACAACAUAGAAAUGUAUCUGUCUUUGCCCUUAAUGAAUAAGAUCCAGUGAGAAAUUUCGUUUCAGAAUUACAUUCUACAAUGGUUUUACUUUCUACUAUUCUUGAAGGUUUUUAAAAUGUCAACAGUAACGUAAGAUGAUGAUGAUGAUGAUGAUAAUAGUAAUGACGAUAAAUUCUUUUGCCUUAAUCUUCAGAUAACUUAACAAGAACAGAUCAUGGGCAACCACCUAUCGACUUUAUAUGGCAGCUAUUUGGCGCUAAUGUAAUCACUUUCGUGGCCUCAUUAUUUGGCAAUUCAGUUAUCAUUCACGUCAUAAGAACAGAUCAUUCUAUGAAGACUAUCACAAACUAUUUGAUCUUUAAUCAAGCUUGUGCUGAUAUUUUGACGACAACCCUUCAGACAUUCAGCUAUUUUUUACUUUCUCUCGGGAGUAAGUGGUUUGGAGGAUUAUGGGGAGAUAUCACGUGCAGAUUGUUAAAAGCGAGCGUUGUUAUUCUUCCUGUUUUCUCUGUUUGGAUUCUUGUUGCCAUUGCUGUUGAUCGCUUUUAUGCCGUAACGCGACUUUUCAUGAUCUCUCCUUUAUCUCGUCAUUUCAAGAAAACAGCUGUCUUUCUGUGGGUUUGGUCUAUUGCUUCCGCAACUUACUACGUUCCCUUAGCCGAGUUAGAAAUAAGAACUGGCGGUCAUUAUCAUUGCAACCUGAAUACUUUUCCAGUUGAAAAAAAGCAUGCGGACGCGUGGAGAGCAAUAGCAAUCUUCGAGCUUGUCCUUAACUUUUUCCUUCCUCUUUUGCUAAUCAUAGUUCUAUAUUCAAUAGUCUGCCUUAAACUAUGGUCACGUGACAUACCAGGGGAAGGAACCAAUCAGAAUGAGCGGCAAGCAGAAGCGUUGAAAAUUGCCAAGAAAGUGACCCGGAUGAUGAUUGCUGUGGUGGUGUUAUACCUACUCUGUCGGCUGCCUUACUUCAUUAUGAUUUCUAGCAAAUUUCUUCGUUAUGGUUAUAUCAAAGUAAAUCCUAAUUUGCUUUUGUUUAUCGUUUGGUUAACAAUCGCUUACAGUGGACUUAAUCCAUAUGUCUAUCUCACAUUUAGUCAAAAGUUCCGAAAUGGUUUUAAACUUUUAUUUGAGGAUUGCCUUGGAAAAGUCCACAAUUUCCUUUCUGCUCGUUCUCAGAGCGUAGAGUUGGAACAAAUAUAAAAUAAAUCUGAUUUUGUAUCUUCGGUCGGUUAUACAAAGGAGUUCGAAAUCUGCAACUGUUGUUAUACUGCCAAAAAAGUAUGUGUAACGAAGCGGAAUAGCUCACUGAAUUAAUUCAAUAAAUUAAAUGUAAAGUUUUAUUUCAUUGUUCUCAACUGAGUACAUAGAACUUGCCUGCCUUUCAAAAUACUUUUACUUUGAUUUACACCGUCCUUGCUCAAGGCGUCUGAACAUGCAUGUAAUCAAAACUGUUAUUUAAAGCUCCAGAGAUAAGAAAUCAUUUUGAUGGCGGCAACGAAUCUUAGAAGUACGUUUUCAAUAACUCCCACUAAAUAAAUAGCCAUAAAAUUGCUUUCUUUUUGCUUUAUGCUGUUUCUUUGUCAUGUAAAUAAAACUGAAAUGAGAAAACUCCCGUAACUAUCAUACUGAGUGCUGGUAUACUGCAUAGUAGAGUAUUAAUAGUACUGAAUACAUUGGUUGAGCUAGAAGGAACGAGGCACGUUCUAGGCCCGAGUCAGGUAAACUUUCCUAGAACACCUUUGUACAGCUUACAUCCUUAGAGAAUAUAUGAAGAAACUUCCAUACUAGGAUCGAAGAAGCAGGGCUGUUUGCAAAACAACACCAGAUAGAACCACAAGUGAGAAAACAAUCAUACAUUAUAUUUUUAAAGUUUUUAUACGACAAACUAAAACAAUACCUACAAAUUACCAUUUUUCGUAAGAAACUCCUCACUGUUGAGGGAAAUUAAUACUUCCUCCACCACUACGCCCUUAAUGUAAAUAAAACUAGUCUAUGUUUUAAUAGCUCCCCAAAGAAUGCUCUUCAUCUAUUUCUGGUUUUCAGUGUGAGGACGGCGCAAAGAGAUGUAGGCAGGCCUUUCUUUCGCGCUCUCUAGCUUCUCACAACACUCCAUCAUCUAAACGUCUGCAACAGUCCGACUUCAUACAAAAAUAUUUUAUAUAUUUUCUUACAUUUCAGUCCGUUUGCUUUUACUGAAUAAAAGAGGAUUGCUAUUUUCAUCGUUAGGUUCACGACUCUUGGAUUAUACAAAUUCUGUCCGCACAAUAGGGGCAAACUCAAAUUAUUUAUUUCUUCACAGGGAUGCAAAAUGCAUUACUUUUUAUUAGUAAUAGGCUAACACUUCCCUUUGUAAUUUUAAUCAUAUUCAGCAGGAGGCUAACGAUGACUUUUAUGAUAAUCAUGUGUUGGUAAUUUUUUUCUCUUAGUUCUAGUUCUCAUAUUUUUUUUGAACAACGGACGAGGAAGUAAAAAAUGGACUUGAUAAAUAGAACUCAUAGAGGUAUGAGCCUUCCAUGGGCGGUCAGUCACUUCAUUAUUGCAAGAGUUAUAAGUCUUGCAUACAAUGUGUAUUUUUUGCUAUUUUGUAGAUAUAUGUUAAAUUUUUCCUUAUUUUAAAUUAACUGUCCUUAAGACGUCCUCUAAAAGACGUCCUCUAAAACCGCCGACUGAAGCUGAAGGUGUUUGUACGUUCUAAUAAUAUAUAGAUUCCGACGGCCGGCUAAUGUUCACCUUUUUACUUGAAAGUUUAAAACGAAAAAAUAGAAACUAGAGCCAGCUGGCAAAUGUUGAACCAAGUUUAUGGAACGUUGUCACUCACGUGGCCAGCAUCUAUGCAAAGUUAUGGGAAAUAAAGAAAGCGUUUACAUAAGAAAACAGUUCAACUCCCACAGCACUGGUUUGGAACACCAACAUGGCCGCCGUUUCAUUGUUUUCGAGCACCAGGGAGUUUUAGCAUCGACGACGGCGAGGGCAGCGAAAAUGUCACUUUUAAAAUGAAUUAGCGUUUUUUCAAACGCUGUCGCGUUUAUUCCAAUUUGCUGAAAAUAUCUAAAGUAGGCAAAUUUCCCUGGAGUUGAUUUCUUGGGGACCGCACUCAAGUUUAGAAAGAGAAAGAUAACUUCGUCGUCGCCUUGUUUACGUCCUUCAUAAAACGUAAAAUUAGGUAUUUUCAAGUCGUAGUCGUGCAGUAACGGCCAGCAAAGAAAUGUACAAAAAAGCGUAAUACACGUGUAAAAAAUUGUUGUUUUGCUUAAUAAACCUAUGGCUGUUAUGACGUUCUCGUCGCCGUCGCCGUCGCCGUCGCGGUUGUCGUAGCUAAAACUCCGUACCAACAUGGCCGCCCUGACGUCGUGUGAACGCUCUAUAAUGGGAAGAUGUGGAAGUGCCAAACUGGCAAGACUCUGUUUUACAAUGCGCAUACAAAUCAGCUCUAGUUAUUUUCUUCUUUUAAUAACCAACCAUGUAUAAAAGUAUGCACCGUUUAAUUUUCAUUAUUAGAGAUAAAACAAAUAUACCCUUUUCCUUUUUGUAGACAACUUUACUGGAGUAACAGAGAAAAUGUCUCCCCAGCAACAAAUGUGGUUGUCAUCGGCCCACUCCAUUAUAAUCACGAUGUCGUUACUUGGCAACUCAGUCAUCAUUCACAUAAUAAGAUCCGACAACGCCAUGAGGACCACCACAAAUUUCCUCAUUUUGAAUCAAGCAUGCGAUGAUUUGCUGAUAACAAUCACACAGUCAGUGAAUGUGUUCCAUCACAUCUAUCUUGACGGUUUGUGGUUUGGGGGACUGUUUGGCCAAAUCACAUGCAAAUUACAUCUCGUCAUCAUGUCCAUUGCACCGUAUUUUUCAGUUUGGAUCCUUGUAAUGAUCGCAGUUGAUCGCUUUUGUGCGGUGAAUCGACCGUUACAAUUAUCGCCAAUCUCCCGACAUUUGAAAAAAGCCAUUGUCUUUAUUUGGCUGUGGUGUUUUGUUUGUUCAAUAAACGUCCUUGUUAACGGAGGCUUGGAAAAAGACAAACGGGCUUGGCGUUGUGACUUGGAAAGUGCUGUAAAUAAUUGGACAGCUGUUAAUGUAACUGAUGUUUCAUCGAACUUUUUUCUUCCACUGCUUUGAAAAAAAAAAAAAAAAAAAAAAAAAAAAAAAAAAAAAAAAAACAGUAGUUUCUCUAGCAACCUUUGUGGCAUUACAGGUGUGGUAUGGAAUCCCUAAUGAAAGGGUUCCCAAGUCUCCACUAAAUAGUGGGUAAGGUAGGGAGGGAGGGUGUGUAAAAAUGAGAGUGUUGUAGGCAUAAAAACAAAUAAAAUAGGUUAACAGUUAAAUAGUUAGAAAAAGCACCAAUAUUGAGCGACCAACAACUGCAAUGCAGCCACGUCCAACACAAAUAUACAGUGCAAAGUAAAAUGUUAAAAGUUAAAAACACCGAUAUUGAGCGACCAACAAACUGCAAUGCAGCCACGUCCAACACAAUACACAGUGCAAAAUAAAACAAAAGGAACUGAAGGGUUAAUAUAUAAUAUAAUAUAAAGUUAAGCACCUUGAAACGAGGGAAACAGGUUUCUAGGGCAAAUAGAUCCAUUAGCUAUAACCGUAGCAAGAUGCCUGCAGCAUUUUUAAUUGACACAUGAAAGUACUGAAAGGUCUUGGAAAAAAAAAAGGUAAAUGAUUACUUACUCUAAAAUACUUCAGAUAGCCUCCGUAGCAGACCAAUUAGCGAGCAAAAAAACUUGGAAACUCCUCAGCUAGUAGACAAAAAUUCCUCUUCUCAUGGAUGUGGCCCACAAAAAGUAGCAAAAACAAUUUUUUUGCUGCUCACGCCAUAGUUAAUCGUCAGCAUGAUGACGUACAAAAUGAGAGGAGUCUGGGGACGAACUUAUCCCAGCUAAAUGAAAACGAAAAUGGAUGAAAAAAGGGGGUUACCCUACUUAAACAUGACUUUUUUAAAAAAUAGAUAAAUAAAUAAAUAAACUGCCAACCAGAAAAUAUAAUUAUCUGUAAUGUUAUUUCGUUCUUAAAACUUUGAAAGUGGCUAAAAAGCCAGUUGCUGUUCCAGUGGAAAAUGGGAGGAGCAUGGGCAUGAAUUUAUCCCAGCUACAUGAAAAAGGAAAAGGGGGGGAAAAAAAAAAAAAAGGAAGAAAAAGGGGGGGUUAAACCCUCUUUAAAAGUUGUUAUUAAAGAAGAUAAAUUGCUAACCACAAAAUAUGAUGAUCUAUAAUAUUAUUUCGUUCUUUAGAACAUCGAGAGUAAAGAAAAAAAAAAAAUUUGUAGCUGUUCUAAUUAAAGGAGGGUGUUAAAAAAGAACAGGGGACUCAAGUAAAAAACAAAAACAAAAACAAAAACAAAACAAAACAAAAAAAAAAAACAUCUACAAUAAAAAGAGGAAGUGGGAAAAGAAAUAAAACAACAACAGCAACAGCAACAAGAAUACCCAUCCCGAAUUACUUCGUUCUUGAAACUUUUUAGUGUGAAAUUCCAGGAAGCAGAAAAAGGUAAUUUGCGGAUAAAAGAAAACAUGGAAGAGUAGGAAAGAGAAGGUUAAGAGACCCGGGUAUAUUGGGACAAUGGAUGCAUCGACACCAAGGCUCUAAAUUUAAGUUGUGAAUCAUCAGGGGCAUAGCACAACUGAGCAGGAAUGUUUCUAACCCGGUACCAGGUCAUAUGCCCAACAUUCCCGUGUCGAGUCCAGGAAGGAAGGAAAUUGAAGAAAUAGAAAAAGACUGAGAGAAGAUGCAAAAGAAAAGUUGUACUUGCAUGAUAGACUCCCCAUUUUAUUGCUCAAAAUAAUCUAUCUCGAUCUCCUGUAUAGGUCAAAUAAAAUUAAUCUAAACAAAGUAGAGUAAAUAAAUUAGAGAACAAAAUACAUAUAUAUUGAAAAAUAAAUAAAAGGCAGUUAAAAAAUAAUUAUAAUAAUAAAGAACUAGUGAAAACUAAAUGAAGUGCCAGUGUGGGAGGAGAUAGUAAAAAAUAUGUAAGUGGUGUGAAUUGUGGGAGAUAAUGAUUAAACUAUGUCUGAGUUAAUUAAUAUGUAGUUUGUGCUGAAAAAAAUUAAUAGGAAGAUUAGUUGAAAAUAAAAUAUAAAGUGGAGUGAAUGGAAGUAUGUGAACACCAUAAACCAUUCAAAGAGUUGACUAGUACCCAAAAUGGUACCCCUACUGUUAGGUACCCACCAUAGCUUUGAAAAAAAAAAAAAAAAAAAAAAAAAAAAAAAAAAAAAAAACAGUAGUUUCUCUAGCAACCUUUGUGGCAUUACAGGUGUGGUAUGGAAUCCCUAAUGAAAGGGUUCCCAAGUCUCCACUAAAUAGUGGGUAAGGUAGGGAGGGAGGGUGUGUGUAAAUGAGAGUGUUGUAGGCAUAAAAACAAAUAAAAUAGGUUAACAGUUAAAUAGUUAGAAAAAGCACCAAUAUUGAGCGACCAACAACUGCAAUGCAGCCACGUCCAACACAAAUAUACAGUGCAAAGUAAAAUGUUAAAAGUUAAAAACACCGAUAUUGAGCGACCAACAAACUGCAAUGCAGCCACGUCCAACACAAUACACAGUGCAAAAUAAAACAAAAGGAACUGAAGGGUUAAUAUAUAAUAUAAUAUAAAGUUAAGCACCUUGAAACGAGGGAAACAGGUUUCUAGGGCAAAUAGAUCCAUUAGCUAUAACCGUAGCAAGAUGCCUGCAGCAUUUUUAAUUGACACAUGAAAGUACUGAAAGGUCUUGGAAAAAAAAAAGGUAAAUGAUUACUUACUCUAAAAUACUUCAGAUAGCCUCCGUAGCAGACCAAUUAGCGAGCAAAAAAACUUGGAAACUCCUCAGCUAGUAGACAAAAAUUCCUCUUCUCAUGGAUGUGGCCCACAAAAAGUAGCAAAAACAAUUUUUUUGCUGCUCACGCCAUAGUUAAUCGUCAGCAUGAUGACGUACAAAAUGAGAGGAGUCUGGGGACGAACUUAUCCCAGCUAAAUGAAAACGAAAAUGGAUGAAAAAAGGGGGUUACCCUACUUAAACAUGACUUUUUUAAAAAAUAGAUAAAUAAAUAAAUAAACUGCCAACCAGAAAAUAUAAUUAUCUGUAAUGUUAUUUCGUUCUUAAAACUUUGAAAGUGGCUAAAAAGCCAGUUGCUGUUCCAGUGGAAAAUGGGAGGAGCAUGGGCAUGAAUUUAUCCCAGCUACAUGAAAAAGGAAAUGGGCGGGAAAAAAAAAAAAAGGAAGAAAAAGGGGGGGUUAAACCCUCUUUAAAAGUUGUUAUUAAAGAAGAUAAAUUGCUAACCACAAAAUAUGAUGAUCUAUAAUAUUAUUUCGUUCUUUAGAACAUCGAGAGUAAAGAAAAAAAAAAAAUUUGUAGCUGUUCUAAUUAAAGGAGGGUGUUAAAAAAGAACAGGGGACUCAAGUAAAAAACAAAAACAAAAACAAAAACAAAACAAAACAAAAAAAAAAACAUCUACAAUAAAAAGAGGAAGUGGGAAAAGAAAUAAAACAACAACAGCAACAGCAACAAGAAUACCCAUCCCGAAUUACUUCGUUCUUGAAACUUUUUAGUGUGAAAUUCCAGGAAGCAGAAAAAGGUAAUUUGCGGAUAAAAGAAAACAUGGAAGAGUAGGAAAGAGAAGGUUAAGAGACCCGGGUAUAUUGGGACAAUGGAUGCAUCGACACCAAGGCUCUAAAUUUAAGUUGUGAAUCAUCAGGGGCAUAGCACAACUGAGCAGGAAUGUUUCUAACCCGGUACCAGGUCAUAUGCCCAACAUUCCCGUGUCGAGUCCAGGAAGGAAGGAAAUUGAAGAAAUAGAAAAAGACUGAGAGAAGAUGCAAAAGAAAAGUUGUACUUGCAUGAUAGACUCCCCAUUUUAUUGCUCAAAAUAAUCUAUCUCGAUCUCCUGUAUAGGUCAAAUAAAAUUAAUCUAAACAAAGUAGAGUAAAUAAAUUAGAGAACAAAAUACAUAUAUAUUGAAAAAUAAAUAAAAGGCAGUUAAAAAAAUAAUUAUAAUAAUAAAGAACUAGUGAAAACUAAAUGAAGUGCCAGUGUGGGAGGAGAUAGUAAAAAAAUAUGUAAGUGGUGUGAAUUGUGGGAGAUAAUGAUUAAACUAUGUCUGAGUUAAUUAAUAUGUAGUUUGUGCUGAAAAAAUUAAUAGGAAGAUUAGUUGAAAAUAAAAUAUAAAGUGGAGUGAAUGGAAGUAUGUGAACACCAUAAACCAUUCAAAGAGUUGACUAGUACCCAAAAUGGUACCCCUACUGUUAGGUACCCACCAUAGCUUUGAAAAAAAAAAAAAAAAAAAAAAAAAAAAAAAAAAAAAAAAAACAGUAGUUUCUCUAGCAACCUUUGUGGCAUUACAGGUGUGGUAUGGAAUCCCUAAUGAAAGGGUUCCCAAGUCUCCACUAAAUAGUGGGUAAGGUAGGGAGGGAGGGUGUGUGUAAAUGAGAGUGUUGUAGGCAUAAAAACAAAUAAAAUAGGUUAACAGUUAAAUAGUUAGAAAAAGCACCAAUAUUGAGCGACCAACAACUGCAAUGCAGCCACGUCCAACACAAAUAUACAGUGCAAAGUAAAAUGUUAAAAGUUAAAAACACCGAUAUUGAGCGACCAACAAACUGCAAUGCAGCCACGUCCAACACAAUACACAGUGCAAAAUAAAACAAAAGGAACUGAAGGGUUAAUAUAUAAUAUAAUAUAAAGUUAAGCACCUUGAAACGAGGGAAACAGGUUUCUAGGGCAAAUAGAUCCAUUAGCUAUAACUGUAGCAAGAUGCCUGCAGCAUUUUUAAUUGACACAUGAAAGUACUGAAAGGUCUUGGAAAAAAAAAAAAAAAGGUAAAUGAUUACUUACUCUAAAAUACUUCAGAUAGCCUCCGUAGCAGACCAAUUAGCGAGCAAAAAAACUUGGAAACUCCUCAGCUAGUAGACAAAAAUUCCUCUUCUCAUGGAUGUGGCCCACAAAAAGUAGCAAAAACAAUUUUUUUGCUGCUCACGCCAUAGUUAAUCGUCAGCAUGAUGACGUACAAAAUGAGAGGAGUCUGGGGACGAACUUAUCCCAGCUAAAUGAAAACGAAAAUGGAUGAAAAAAGGGGGUUACCCUACUUAAACAUGACUUUUUUAAAAAAUAGAUAAAUAAAUAAAUAAACUGCCAACCAGAAAAUAUAAUUAUCUGUAAUGUUAUUUCGUUCUUAAAACUUUGAAAGUGGCUAAAAAGCCAGUUGCUGUUCCAGUGGAAAAUGGGAGGAGCAUGGGCAUGAAUUUAUCCCAGCUACAUGAAAAAGGAAAUGGGCGGGAAAAAAAAAAAAAGGAAGAAAAAGGGGGGGUUAAACCCUCUUUAAAAGUUGUUAUUAAAGAAGAUAAAUUGCUAACCACAAAAUAUGAUGAUCUAUAAUAUUAUUUCGUUCUUUAGAACAUCGAGAGUAAAGAAAAAAAAAAAAUUUGUAGCUGUUCUAAUUAAAGGAGGGUGUUAAAAAAGAACAGGGGACUCAAGUAAAAAACAAAAACAAAAACAAAAACAAAACAAAACAAAAAAAAAAACAUCUACAAUAAAAAGAGGAAGUGGGAAAAGAAAUAAAACAACAACAGCAACAGCAACAAGAAUACCCAUCCCGAAUUACUUCGUUCUUGAAACUUUUUAGUGUGAAAUUCCAGGAAGCAGAAAAAGGUAAUUUGCGGAUAAAAGAAAACAUGGAAGAGUAGGAAAGAGAAGGUUAAGAGACCCGGGUAUAUUGGGACAAUGGAUGCAUCGACACCAAGGCUCUAAAUUUAAGUUGUGAAUCAUCAGGGGCAUAGCACAACUGAGCAGGAAUGUUUCUAACCCGGUACCAGGUCAUAUGCCCAACAUUCCCGUGUCGAGUCCAGGAAGGAAGGAAAUUGAAGAAAUAGAAAAAGACUGAGAGAAGAUGCAAAAGAAAAGUUGUACUUGCAUGAUAGACUCCCCAUUUUAUUGCUCAAAAUAAUCUAUCUCGAUCUCCUGUAUAGGUCAAAUAAAAUUAAUCUAAACAAAGUAGAGUAAAUAAAUUAGAGAACAAAAUACAUAUAUAUUGAAAAAUAAAUAAAAGGCAGUUAAAAAAUAAUUAUAAUAAUAAAGAACUAGUGAAAACUAAAUGAAGUGCCAGUGUGGGAGGAGAUAGUAAAAAUAUGUAAGUGGUGUGAAUUGUGGGAGAUAAUGAUUAAACUAUGUCUGAGUUAAUUAAUAUGUAGUUUGUGCUGAAAAAAUUAAUAGGAAGAUUAGUUGAAAAUAAAAUAUAAAGUGGAGUGAAUGGAAGUAUGUGAACACCAUAAACCAUUCAAAGAGUUGACUAGUACCCAAAAUGGUACCCCUACUGUUAGGUACCCACCAUAGCUUUGAAAAAAAAAAAACAAAAAAAAAAAAAACAAAAAAAAACAAAAACAGUAGUUUCUCUAGCAACCUUUGUGGCAUUACAGGUGUGGUAUGGAAUCCCUAAUGAAAGGGUUCCCAAGUCUCCACUAAAUAGUGGGUAAGGUAGGGAGGGAGGUGUGUGUAAAUGAGAGUGUUGUAGGCAUAAAAACAAAUAAAAUAGGUUAACAGUUAAAUAGUUAGAAAAAGCACCAAUAUUGAGCGACCAACAACUGCAAUGCAGCCACGUCCAACACAAAUAUACAGUGCAAAGUAAAAUGUUAAAAGUUAAAAAACACCGAUAUUGAGCGACCAACAAACUGCAAUGCAGCCACGUCCAACACAAUACACAGUGCAAAAAAUAAAACAAAAGGAACUGAAGGGUUAAUAUAUAAUAUAAUAUAAAGUUAAGCACCUUGAAACGAGGGAAACAGGUUUCUAGGGCAAAUAGAUCCAUUAGCUAUAAUCGUAGCAAGAUGCCUGCAGCAUUUUUAAUUGACACAUGAAAGUACUGAAAGGUCUUGAAAAAAAAAAAAAAAGGUAAAUGAUUACUUACUCUAAAAUACUUCAGAUAGCCUCCGUAGCAGACCAAUUAGCGAGCAAAAAAAACUUGGAAACUCCUCAGCUAGUAGACAAAAAUUCCUCUUCUCAUGGAUGUGGCCCACAAAAAGUAGCAAAAACAAUUUUUUGCUGCUCACGCCUUAUAGUUAAUCGUCAGCAUGAUGACGUACAAAAUGAGAGGAGUCUGGGGACGAACUUAUCCCAGCUAAAUGAAAACGAAAAUGGAUGAAAAAAGGGGGUUACCCUACUUAAACAUGACUUUUUAAAAAUAGAUAAAUAAAUAAAUAAACUGCCAACCAGAAAAUAUAAUUAUCUGUAAUGUUAUUUCGUUCUUAAAACUUUGAAAGUGGCUAAAAAGCCAGUUGCUGUUCCAGUGGAAAAAUGGAGGAGCAUGGGCAUGAAUUUAUCCCAGCUACAUGAAAAAGGAAAUGGGAAAAAAAAAAAAAAAAAAAGGAAGAAAAAGGGGGUUAAACCCUCUUUAAAAGUUGUUAUUAAAGAAGAUAAAUUGCUAACCACAAAAAAUAUGAUGAUCUAUAAUAUUAUUUCGUUCUUUAGAACAUCGAGAGUAAAAAAAAAAAAAUUUGUAGCUGUUCUAAUUAAAGGAGGGUGUUAAAAAGAACAGGGACUCAAGUAAAAAACAAAAACAAAAACAAAAACAAAACAAAACAAAAAAAAAACAUCUACAAUAAAAAGAGGAAGUGGGAAAAGAAAUAAAACAACAACAGCAACAGCAACAAGAAUACCCAUCCCGAAUUACUUCGUUUUGAAACUUUUUAGUGUGAAAUUCCAGGAAGCAGAAAAAGGUAAUUUAUGGAUAAAAGAAAACAUGGAAGAGUAGGAAAGAGAAGGUUAAGAGACCCGGUAUAUUGGGACAAUGGAUGCAUCGACACCAAGGCUCUAAAUUUAAGUUGUGAAUCAUCAGGGGCAUAGCACAACUGAGCAGGAAUGUUUCUAACCCGGUACCAGGUCAUAUGCCCAACAUUCCAGGUGUCGAGUCCAGGAAGGAAGGAAAUUGAAGAAAUAGAAAAAAGACUGAGAGAAGAUGCAAAAGAAAAGUUGUACUUGCAUGAUAGACUCCCAUUUUAUUGCUCAAAAUAAUCUAUCUCGAUCUCCUGUAUAGGUCAAAUAAAAUUAAUCUAAACAAAGUAGAGUAAAUAAAUUAGAGAACAAAAACAUAUAUAUUGAAAAAUAAAUAAAAGGCAGUUAAAAAUAAUUAUAAUAAUAAAGAACUAGUGAAAACUAAAUGAAGUGCCAGUGUGGGAGGAGAUAGUAAAAAUAUGUAAGUGGUGUGAAUUGUGGGAGAUAAUGAUUAAACUAUGUCUGAGUUAAUUAAUAUGUAGUUUGUGCUGAAAAAAAUUAAUAGGAAGAUUAGUUGAAAAUAAAAUAUAAAGUGGAGUGAAUGGAAGUAUGUGAACACCAUAAACCAUUCAAAGAGUUGACUAGUACCCAAAAUGGUACCCCUACUGUUAGGUACCCACCAUAGCUUUGAAAAAAAAAAAAAAAAAAAAAAAAAAAAACAAAAACAGUAGUUUCUCUAGCAACCUUUGUGGCAUUACAGGUGUGGUAUGGAAUCCCUAAUGAAAGGGUUCCCAAGUCUCCACUAAAUAGUGGGUAAGGUAGGGAGGGAGGGGUGUGUAAAUGAGAGUGUUGUAGGCAUAAAAAACAAAUAAAAUAGGUUAACAGUUAAAUAGUUAGAAAAAGCACCAAUAUUGAGCGACCAACAACUGCAAUGCAGCCACGUCCAACACAAAUAUACAGUGCAAAGUAAAAUGUUAAAAGUUAAAAACACCGAUAUUGAGCGACCAACAAACUGCAAUGCAGCCACGUCCAACACAAUACACAGUGCAAAAUAAAACAAAAGGAACUGAAGGGUUAAUAUAUAAUAUAAUAUAAAGUUAAGCACCUUGAAACGAGGGAAACAGGUUUCUAGGGCAAAUAGAUCCAUUAGCUAUAACCGUAGCAAGAUGCCUGCAGCAUUUUUAAUUGACACAUGAAAGUACUGAAAGGUCUUGGAAAAAAAAAAGGUAAAUGAUUACUUACUCUAAAAUACUUCAGAUAGCCUCCGUAGCAGACCAAUUAGCGAGCAAAAAAACUUGGAAACUCCUCAGCUAGUAGACAAAAAUUCCUCUUCUCAUGGAUGUGGCCCACAAAAAGUAGCAAAAACAAUUUUUUUGCUGCUCACGCCAUAGUUAAUCGUCAGCAUGAUGACGUACAAAAUGAGAGGAGUCUGGGGACGAACUUAUCCCAGCUAAAUGAAACGAAAAUGGAUGAAAAAGGGGUUACCCUACUUAAACAUGACUUUUUAAAAAAAUAGAUAAAUAAAUAAAUAAACUGCCAACCAGAAAAUAUAAUUAUCUGUAAUGUUAUUUCGUUCUUAAAACUUUGAAAGUGGCUAAAAGCCAGUUGCUGUUCCAGUGGAAAAUGGGAGGAGCAUGGGCAUGAAUUUAUCCCAGCUACAUGAAAAGGAAAUGGGCGGAAAAAAAAAAAAAAGGAAGAAAAGGGGGGUUAAACCCUUUAAAAGUUGUUAUUAAAGAAGAUAAAUUACUAACCACAAAAUAUGAUGAUCUAUAAUAUUAUUUCGUUCUUUAGAACAUCGAGAGUAAAGAAAAAAAAAAAAAAAUUUGUAGCUGUUCUAAUUAAAGGAGGGUGUUAAAAAGAACAGGGACUCAAGUAAAAAAAAAAACAAAAAAAAAACAAAAAACAAAAAAAAAAAAACAUCUACAAUAAAAAGAGGAAGUGGGAAAAGAAAUAAAACAACAACAGCAACAGCAACAAGAAUACCCAUCCCGAAUUACUUCGUUCUUGAAACUUUUAGUGUGAAAUUCCAGGAAGCAGAAAAAGGUAAUUUAUGGAUAAAAGAAAACAUGGAAGAGUAGGAAAGAGAAGGUUAAGAGACCCGGUAUAUUGGGACAAUGGAUGCAUCGACACCAAGGCUCUAAAUUUAAGUUAGAAUCAUCAGGGGCAUAGCACAACUGAGCAGGAAUGUUUCUAACCCGGUACCAGGUCAUAUGCCCAACAUUCCCGUGUCGAGUCCAGGAAGGAAGGAAAUUGAAGAAAUAGAAAAAGACUGAGAGAAGAUGCAAAAGAAAAGUUGUACUUGCAUGAUAGACUCCCAUUUUAUUGCUCAAAAUAAUCUAUCUCGAUCUCCUGUAUAGGUCAAAUAAAAUUAAUCUAAACAAAGUAGAGUAAAUAAAUUAGAGAACAAAAUACAUAUAUAUUGAAAAAUAAAUAAAAGGCAGUUAAAAAAUAAUUAUAAUAAUAAAGAACUAGUGAAAACUAAAUGAAGUGCCAGUGUGGGAGGAGAUAGUAAAAAUAUGUAAGUGGUGUGAAUUGUGGGAGAUAAUGAUUAAACUAUGUCUGAGUUAAUUAAUAUGUAGUUUGUGCUGAAAAAAUUAAUAGGAAGAUUAGUUGAAAAUAAAAUAUAAAGUGGAGUGAAUGGAAGUAUGUGAACACCAUAAACCAUUCAAAGAGUUGACUAGUACCCAAAAUGGUACCCCUACUGUUAGGUACCCACCAUAGCUUUGAAAAAAAAAAAACAAAAAAAAAAAAAAAAACAAAACAGUAGUUUCUCUAGCAACCUUUGUGGCAUUACAGGUGUGGUAUGGAAUCCCUAAUGAAAGGGUUCCCAAGUCUCCACUAAAUAGUGGGUAAGGUAGGGAGGGAGGGUGUGUAAAUGAGAGUGUUGUAGGCAUAAAAACAAAUAAAAUAGGUUAACAGUUAAAUAGUUAGAAAAAGCACCAAUAUUGAGCGACCAACAACUGCAAUGCAGCCACGCCCAACACAAAUAUACAGUGCAAAGUAAAAUGUUAAAAGUUAAAAACACCGAUAUUGAGCGACCAACAAACUGCAAUGCAGCCACGUCCAACACAAUACACAGUGCAAAAUAAAACAAAAGGAACUGAAGGGUUAAUAUAUAAUAUAAUAUAAAGUUAAGCACCUUGAAACGAGGGAAACAGGUUUCUAGGGCAAAUAGAUCCAUUAGCUAUAACCGUAGCAAGAUGCCUGCAGCAUUUUUAAUUGACACAUGAAAGUACUGAAAGGUCUUGGAAAAAAAAAAAGGUAAAUGAUUACUUACUCUAAAAUACUUCAGAUAGCCUCCGUAGCAGACCAAUUAGCGAGCAAAAAAAACUUGGAAACUCCUCAGCUAGUAGACAAAAAUUCCUCUUCUCAUGGAUGUGGCCCACAAAAGUAGCAAAAACAUUUUUUGCUGCUCACGCCAUAGUUAAUCGUCAGCAUGAUGACGUACAAAAUGAGAGGAGUCUGGGGACGAACUUAUCCCAGCUAAAUGAAAACGAAAAUGGAUGAAAAAAAGGGGUUACCCUACUUAAACAUGACUUUUUAAAAAAUAGAUAAAUAAAUAAAUAAACUGCCAACCAGAAAAAUAUAAUUAUCUGUAAUGUUAUUUCGUUCUUAAAACUUUGAAAGUGGCUAAAAAGCCAGUUGCUGUUCCAGUGGAAAAUGGGAGGAGCAUGGGCAUGAAUUUAUCCCAGCUACAUGAAAAGGAAAUGGGGGAAAAAAAAAAAAAGGAAGAAAAAGGGGGGGUUAAACCCUCUUUAAAAGUUGUUAUUAAAGAAGAUAAAUUGCUAACCACAAAAUAUGAUGAUCUAUAAUAUUAUUUCGUUCUUUAGAACAUCGAGAGUAAAAAAAAAAAAAUUUGUAGCUGUUCUAAUUAAAGGAGGGUGUUAAAAAGAACAGGGGACUCAAGUAAAAAACAAAAACAAAAAACAAAAACAAAACAAAACAAAAAAAAAAAAAACAUCUACAAUAAAAAGAGGAAGUGGGAAAAGAAAUAAAACAACAACAGCAACAGCAACAAGAAUACCCAUCCCGAAUUACUUCGUUCUUGAAACUUUUUAGUGUGAAAUUCAGGAAGCAGAAAAAGGUAAUUUGCGGAUAAAAGAAAACAUGGAAGAGUAGGAAAGAGAAGGUUAAGAGACCCGGGUAUAUUGGGACAAUGGAUGCAUCGACACCAAGGCUCUAAAUUUAAGUUGUGAAUCAUCAGGGGCAUAGCACAACUGAGCAGGAAUGUUUCUAACCCGGUACCAGGUCAUAUGCCCAACAUUCCCGUGUCGAGUCCAGGAAGGAAGGAAAUUGAAGAAAUAGAAAAAGACUGAGAGAAGAUGCAAAAGAAAAGUUGUACUUGCAUGAUAGACUCCCAUUUUAUUGCUCAAAAUAAUCUAUCUCGAUCUCCUGUAUAGGUCAAAUAAAAUUAAUCUAAACAAAGUAGAGUAAAUAAAUUAGAGAACAAAAUACAUAUAUAUUGAAAAAUAAAUAAAAGGCAGUUAAAAAAUAAUUAUAAUAAUAAAGAACUAGUGAAAACUAAAUGAAGUGCCAGUGUGGGAGGAGAUAGUAAAAAAAUAUGUAAGUGGUGUGAAUUGUGGGAGAUAAUGAUUAAACUAUGUCUGAGUUAAUUAAUAUGUAGUUUGUGCUGAAAAAAUUAAUAGGAAGAUUAGUUGAAAAUAAAAUAUAAAGUGGAGUGAAUGGAAGUAUGUGAACACCAUAAACCAUUCAAAGAGUUGACUAGUACCCAAAAUGGUACCCCUACUGUUAGGUACCCACCAUAGCUUUGAAAAAAAAAAAAAAAAAAAAAAAAAAAAAAAACAAAAACAGUAGUUUCUCUAGCAACCUUUGUGGCAUUACAGGUGUGGUAUGGAAUCCCUAAUGAAAGGGUUCCCAAGUCUCCACUAAAUAGUGGGUAAGGUAGGGAGGGAGGGUGUGUGUAAAUGAGAGUGUUGUAGGCAUAAAAAACAAAUAAAAUAGGUUAACAGUUAAAUAGUUAGAAAAAGCACCAAUAUUGAGCGACCAACAACUGCAAUGCAGCCACGUCCAACACAAAUAUACAGUGCAAAGUAAAAUGUUAAAAGUUAAAAACACCGAUAUUGAGCGACCAACAAACUGCAAUGCAGCCACGUCCAACACAAUACACAGUGCAAAAUAAAACAAAAGGAACUGAAGGGUUAAUAUAUAAUAUAAUAUAAAGUUAAGCACCUUGAAACGAGGGAAACAGGUUUCUAGGGCAAAUAGAUCCAUUAGCUAUAACCGUAGCAAGAUGCCUGCAGCAUUUUUAAUUGACACAUGAAAGUACUGAAAGGUCUUGGAAAAAAAAAAAGGUAAAUGAUUACUUACUCUAAAAUACUUCAGAUAGCCUCCGUAGCAGACCAAUUAGCGAGCAAAAAACUUGGAAACUCCUCAGCUAGUAGACAAAAAUUCCUCUUCUCAUGGAUGUGGCCCACAAAAAGUAGCAAAAACAAUUUUUUUGCUGCUCACGCCAUAGUUAAUCGUCAGCAUGAUGACGUACAAAAUGAGAGGAGUCUGGGGACGAACUUAUCCCAGCUAAAUGAAAACGAAAAUGGAUGAAAAAAGGGGGGUUACCCUACUUAAACAUGACUUUUUUAAAAAAAUAGAUAAAUAAAUAAAUAAACUGCCAACCAGAAAAUAUAAUUAUCUGUAAUGUUAUUUCGUUCUUAAAACUUUGAAAGUGGCUAAAAAGCCAGUUGCUGUUCCAGUGGAAAAUGGGAGGAGCAUGGGCAUGAAUUUAUCCCAGCUACAUGAAAAAAGGAAAUGGGCGGGAAAAAAAAAAAAAAGAAGGAAAAAGGGGGGGUUAAACCCUCUUUAAAAGUUGUUAUUAAAGAAGAUAAAUUGCUAACCACAAAAUAUGAUGAUCUAUAAUAUUAUUUCGUUCUUUAGAACAUCGAGUAAAGAAAAAAAAAAAAAAAAAUUUGUAGCUGUUCUAAUUAAAGGAGGGUGUUAAAAAGAACAGGGGACUCAAGUAAAAAACAAAAACAAAAACAAAAACAAAACAAAACAAAAAAAAAAAACAUCUACAAUAAAAAGAGGAAGUGGGAAAAGAAAUAAAACAACAACAGCAACAGCAACAAGAAUACCCAUCCCGAAUUGCCGUUCUUGAAACUUUUUAGUGUGAAAUUCAGGAAGCAGAAAAAGGUAAUUUAUGGAUAAAAGAAAACAUGGAAGAGUAGGAAAGAGAAGGUUAAGAGACCCGGGUAUAUUGGGACAAUGGAUGCAUCGACACCAAGGCUCUAAAUUUAAGUUGUGAAUCAUCAGGGGCAUAGCACAACUGAGCAGGAAUGUUUCUAACCCGGUACCAGGUCAUAUGCCCAACAUUCCCGUGUCGAGUCCAGGAAGGAAGGAAAUUGAAGAAAUAGAAAAAGACUGAGAGAAGAUGCAAAAGAAAAGUUGUACUUGCAUGAUAGACUCCCCAUUUUAUUGCUCAAAAUAAUCUAUCUCGAUCUCCUGUAUAGGUCAAAUAAAAUUAAUCUAAACAAAGUAGAGUAAAUAAAUUAGAGAACAAAAUACAUAUAUAUUGAAAAAUAAAUAAAAGGCAGUUAAAAAAUAAUUAUAAUAAUAAAGAACUAGUGAAAACUAAAUGAAGUGCCAGUGUGGGAGGAGAUAGUAAAAAUAUGUAAGUGGUGUGAAUUGUGGGAGAUAAUGAUUAAACUAUGUCUGAGUUAAUUAAUAUGUAGUUUGUGCUGAAAAAAUUAAUAGGAAGAUUAGUUGAAAAUAAAAUAUAAAGUGGAGUGAAUGGAAGUAUGUGAACACCAUAAACCAUUCAAAGAGUUGACUAGUACCCAAAAUGGUACCCCUACUGUUAGGUACCCACCAUAGCUGAAAAAAAAAAAAAAAAAAAAAAAAAACAAAAAAAAACAAAAACAGUAGUUUCUCUAGCAACCUUUGUGGCAUUACAGGUGUGGUAUGGAAUCCCUAAUGAAAGGGUUCCCAAGUCUCCACUAAAUAGUGGGUAAGGUAGGGAGGGAGGGUGUGUGUAAAUGAGAGUGUUGUAGGCAUAAAAACAAAUAAAAUAGGUUAACAGUUAAAUAGUUAGAAAAAGCACCAAUAUUGAGCGACCAACAACUGCAAUGCAGCCACGUCCAACACAAAUAUACAGUGCAAAGUAAAAUGUUAAAAGUUAAAAACACCGAUAUUGAGCGACCAACAAACUGCAAUGCAGCCACGUCCAACACAAUACACAGUGCAAAAUAAAACAAAAGGAACUGAAGGGUUAAUAUAUAAUAUAAUAUAAAGUUAAGCACCUUGAAACGAGGGAAACAGGUUUCUAGGGCAAAUAGAUCCAUUAGCUAUAACCGUAGCAAGAUGCCUGCAGCAUUUUUAAUUGACACAUGAAAGUACUGAAAGGUCUUGGAAAAAAAAAAAAAGGUAAAUGAUUACUUACUCUAAAAUACUUCAGAUAGCCUCCGUAGCAGACCAAUUAGCGAGCAAAAAAAAACUUGGAAACUCCUCAGCUAGUAGACAAAAAUUCCUCUUCUCAUGGAUGUGGCCCACAAAAAGUAGCAAAAACAAUUUUUUGCUGCUCACGCCAUAGUUAAUCGUCAGCAUGAUGACGUACAAAAUGAGAGGAGUCUGGGGACGAACUUAUCCCAGCUAAAUGAAAACGAAAAUGGAUGAAAAAAGGGGUUACCCUACUUAAACAUGACUUUUUUAAAAAAAAAUAGAUAAAUAAAUAAAUAAACUGCCAACCAGAAAAUAUAAUUAUCUGUAAUGUUAUUUCGUUCUUAAAACUUUGAAAGUGGCUAAAAAGCCAGUUGCUGUUCCAGUGGAAAAUGGGAGGAGCAUGGGCAUGAAUUUAUCCCAGCUACAUGAAAAAAAAGGAAAUGGGCGGGAAAAAAAAAAAAAAAAAAAAGGAAAAAAAAGGGGGGGUUAAACCCUCUUUAAAAGUUGUUAUUAAAGAAGAUAAAUUGCUAACCACAAAAUAUGAUGAUCUAUAAUAUUAUUUCGUUCUUUAGAACAUCGAGAGUAAAGAAAAAAAAAAAAUUUGUAGCUGUUCUAAUUAAAGGAGGGUGUUAAAAAAGAACAGGGGACUCAAGUAAAAAACAAAAACAAAAACAAAAAAACAAAACAAAACAAAAAAAAAAACAUCUACAAUAAAAAAAGAGGAAGUGGGAAAAGAAAUAAAACAACAACAGCAACAGCAACAAGAAUACCCAUCCCGAAUUACUUCGUUCUUGAAACUUUUAGUGUGAAAUUCAGGAAGCAGAAAAAGGUAAUUUGCAGAUAAAAGAAAACAUGGAAGAGUAGGAAAGAGAAGGUUAAGAGACCCGGGUAUAUUGGGACAAUGGAUGCAUCGACACCAAGGCUCUAAAUUUAAGUUGUGAAUCAUCAGGGGCAUAGCACAACUGAGCAGGAAUGUUUCUAACCCGGUACCAGGUCAUAUGCCCAACAUUCCGUGUCGAGUCCAGGAAGGAAGGAAAUUGAAGAAAUAGAAAAGACUGAGAGAAGAUGCAAAAGAAAAGUUGUACUUGCAUGAUAGACUCCCAUUUUAUUGCUCAAAAUAAUCUAUCUCGAUCUCCUGUAUAGGUCAAAUAAAAUUAAUCUAAACAAAGUAGAGUAAAUAAAUUAGAGAACAAAAUACAUAUAUAUUGAAAAAUAAAUAAAAGGCAGUUAAAAAAUAAUUAUAAUAAUAAAGAACUAGUGAAAACUAAAUGAAGUGCCAGUGUGGGAGGAGAUAGUAAAAAUAUGUAAGUGGUGUGAAUUGUGGGAGAUAAUGAUUAAACUAUGUCUGAGUUAAUUAAUAUGUAGUUUGUGCUGAAAAAAAUUAAUAGGAAGAUUAGUUGAAAAUAAAAUAUAAAGUGGAGUGAAUGGAAGUAUGUGAACACCAUAAACCAUUCAAAGAGUUGACUAGUACCCAAAAUGGUACCCCUACUGUUAGGUACCCACCAUAGCUUUGAAAAAAAAAAAAAAAAAAAAAAAAAAAAAAAAAAAAAACAAAAACAGUAGUUUCUCUAGCAACCUUUGUGGCAUUACAGGUGUGGUAUGGAAUCCCUAAUGAAAGGGUUCCCAAGUCUCCACUAAAUAGUGGGUAAGGUAGGGAGGGAGGGUGUGUGUAAAUGAGAGUGUUGUAGGCAUAAAAACAAAUAAAAUAGGUUAACAGUUAAAUAGUUAGAAAAAGCACCAAUAUUGAGCGACCAACAACUGCAAUGCAGCCACGUCCAACACAAAUAUACAGUGCAAAGUAAAAUGUUAAAAGUUAAAAACACCGAUAUUGAGCGACCAACAAACUGCAAUGCAGCCACGUCCAACACAAUACACAGUGCAAAAUAAAAACAAAAGGAACUGAAGGGUUAAUAUAUAAUAUAAUAUAAAGUUAAGCACCUUGAAACGAGGGAAACAGGUUUCUAGGGCAAAUAGAUCCAUUAGCUAUAACCGUAGCAAGAUGCCUGCAGCAUUUUUAAUUGACACAUGAAAGUACUGAAAGGUCUUGAAAAAAAAAAAAAGGUAAAUGAUUACUUACUCUAAAAUACUUCAGAUAGCCUCCGUAGCAGACCAAUUAGCGAAAAAAAAAAACUUGGAAACUCCUCAGCUAGUAGACAAAAAUUCCUCUUCUCAUGGAUGUGGCCCACAAAAAGUAGCAAAAACAAUUUUUUUUGCUCACGCCAUAGUUAAUCGUCAGCAUGAUGACGUACAAAAUGAGAGGAGUCUGGGGACGAACUUAUCCCAGCUAAAUGAAAACGAAAAUGGAUGAAAAAGGGGUUACCCUACUUAAACAUGACUUUUUUAAAAAUAGAUAAAUAAAUAAAUAAACUGCCAACCAGAAAAUAUAAUUAUCUGUAAUGUUAUUUCGUUCUUAAAACUUUGAAAGUGGCUAAAAAGCCAGUUGCUGUUCCAGUGGAAAAUGGGAGGAGCAUGGGCAUGAAUUUAUCCCAGCUACAUGAAAAAGGAAAUGGGCGGAAAAAAAAAAAAAAAAAAAGGAAGAAAAAGGGGGGGUUAAACCCUCUUUAAAAGUUGUUAUUAAAGAAGAUAAAUUGCUAACCACAAAAUAUGAUGAUCUAUAAUAUUAUUUCGUUCUUUAGAACAUCGAGAGUAAAGAAAAAAAAAAAAAAAAAUUUGUAGCUGUUCUAAUUAAAGGAGGGUGUUAAAAAAGAACAGGGGACUCAAGUAAAAAACAAAAACAAAAACAAAAACAAAACAAAACAAAAAAAAAAAAAAAACAUCUACAAUAAAAAAAGAGGAAGUGGGAAAAGAAAUAAAACAACAACAGCAACAGCAACAAGAAUACCCAUCCCGAAUUACUUCGUUCUUGAAACUUUUAGUGUGAAAUUCAGGAAGCAGAAAAAAAGGUAAUUUUAUGGAUAAAAGAAAACAUGGAAGAGUAGGAAAGAGAAGGUUAAAGAGACCGGGUAUAUUGGGACAAUGGAUGCAUCGACACCAAGGCUCUAAAUUUAAGUUGUGAAUCAUCAGGGGCAUAGCACAACUGAGCAGGAAUGUUUCUAACCCGGUACCAGGUCAUAUGCCCAACAUUCCCGUGUCGAGUCCAGGAAGGAAGGAAAUUGAAGAAAUAGAAAAAGACUGAGAGAAGAUGCAAAAGAAAAGUUGUACUUGCAUGAUAGACUCCCCAUUUUAUUGCUCAAAAUAAUCUAUCUCGAUCUCCUGUAUAGGUCAAAUAAAAUUAAUCUAAACAAAGUAGAGUAAAUAAAUUAGAGAACAAAAUACAUAUAUAUUGAAAAAUAAAUAAAAGGCAGUUAAAAAAUAAUUAUAAUAAUAAAGAACUAGUGAAAACUAAAUGAAGUGCCAGUGUGGGAGGAGAUAGUAAAAAUAUGUAAGUGGUGUGAAUUGUGGGAGAUAAUGAUUAAACUAUGUCUGAGUUAAUUAAUAUGUAGUUUGUGCUGAAAAAAUUAAUAGGAAGAUUAGUUGAAAAUAAAAUAUAAAGUGGAGUGAAUGGAAGUAUGUGAACACCAUAAACCAUUCAAAGAGUUGACUAGUACCCAAAAUGGUACCCCUACUGUUAGGUACCCACCAUAGCUUUGAAAAAAAAAAAACAAAAAAAAAAAAAAACAAAAAAAACAAAAACAGUAGUUUCUCUAGCAACCUUUGUGGCAUUACAGGUGUGGUAUGGAAUCCCUAAUGAAAGGGUUCCCAAGUCUCCACUAAAUAGUGGGUAAGGUAGGGAGGGAGGGUGUGUGUAAAUGAGAGUGUUGUAGGCAUAAAAACAAAUAAAAUAGGUUAACAGUUAAAUAGUUAGAAAAAGCACCAAUAUUGAGCGACCAACAACUGCAAUGCAGCCACGUCCAACACAAAUAUACAGUGCAAAGUAAAAUGUUAAAAGUUAAAAACACCGAUAUUGAGCGACCAACAAACUGCAAUGCAGCCACGUCCAACACAAUACACAGUGCAAAAUAAAACAAAAGGAACUGAAGGGUUAAUAUAUAAUAUAAUAUAAAGUUAAGCACCUUGAAACGAGGGAAACAGGUUUCUAGGGCAAAUAGAUCCAUUAGCUAUAACCGUAGCAAGAUGCCUGCAGCAUUUUUAAUUGACACAUGAAAGUACUGAAAGGUCUUGGAAAAAAAAAAGGUAAAUGAUUACUUACUCUAAAAUACUUCAGAUAGCCUCCGUAGCAGACCAAUUAGCGAGCAAAAAAACUUGGAAACUCCUCAGCUAGUAGACAAAAAUUCCUCUUCUCAUGGAUGUGGCCCACAAAAAGUAGCAAAAACAAUUUUUUUGCUGCUCACGCCAUAGUUAAUCGUCAGCAUGAUGACGUACAAAAUGAGAGGAGUCUGGGGACGAACUUAUCCCAGCUAAAUGAAAACGAAAAUGGAUGAAAAAAGGGGGUUACCCUACUUAAACAUGACUUUUUUAAAAAAUAGAUAAAUAAAUAAAUAAACUGCCAACCAGAAAAUAUAAUUAUCUGUAAUGUUAUUUCGUUCUUAAAACUUUGAAAGUGGCUAAAAAGCCAGUUGCUGUUCCAGUGGAAAAUGGGAGGAGCAUGGGCAUGAAUUUAUCCCAGCUACAUGAAAAAAGGAAAUGGGCGAAAAAAAAAAAAAAAAAGGAAGAAAAAAGGGGGUUAAACCCUCUUUAAAAGUUGUUAUUAAAGAAGAUAAAUUGCUAACCACAAAAUAUGAUGAUCUAUAAUAUUAUUUCGUUCUUUAGAACAUCGAGAGUAAAAAAAAAAAAAAAUUUGUAGCUGUUCUAAUUAAAGGAGGGUGUUAAAAAGAACAGGGGACUCAAGUAAAAAAAAAACAAAAACAAAAAAAAAAAAACAAAACAAAAAAAAAAAAACAUCUACAAUAAAAAGAGGAAGUGGGAAAAGAAAUAAAACAACAACAGCAACAGCAACAAGAAUACCCAUCCCGAAUUACUUCGUUCUUGAAACUUUUUAGUGUGAAAUUCCAGGAAGCAGAAAAAGGUAAUUUGCGGAUAAAAGAAAACAUGGAAGAGUAGGAAAGAGAAGGUUAAGAGACCCGGGUAUAUUGGGACAAUGGAUGCAUCGACACCAAGGCUCUAAAUUUAAGUUGUGAAUCAUCAGGGGCAUAGCACAACUGAGCAGGAAUGUUUCUAACCCGGUACCAGGUCAUAUGCCCAACAUUCCCGUGUCGAGUCCAGGAAGGAAGGAAAUUGAAGAAAUAGAAAAAGACUGAGAGAAGAUGCAAAAGAAAAGUUGUACUUGCAUGAUAGACUCCCCCAUUUUAUUGCUCAAAAUAAUCUAUCUCGAUCUCCUGUAUAGGUCAAAUAAAAUUAAUCUAAACAAAGUAGAGUAAAUAAAUUAGAGAACAAAAUACAUAUAUAUUGAAAAAUAAAUAAAAGGCAGUUAAAAAAUAAUUAUAAUAAUAAAGAACUAGUGAAAACUAAAUGAAGUGCCAGUGUGGGAGGAGAUAGUAAAAAUAUGUAAGUGGUGUGAAUUGUGGGAGAUAAUGAUUAAACUAUGUCUGAGUUAAUUAAUAUGUAGUUUGUGCUGAAAAAAUUAAUAGGAAGAUUAGUUGAAAAUAAAAUAUAAAGUGGAGUGAAUGGAAGUAUGUGAACACCAUAAACCAUUCAAAGAGUUGACUAGUACCCAAAAUGGUACCCCUACUGUUAGGUACCCACCAUAGCUUUGAAAAAAAAAAAACAAAAAAAAAACAAAACAAAAAAAACAAAAACAGUAGUUUCUCUAGCAACCUUUGUGGCAUUACAGGUGUGGUAUGGAAUCCCUAAUGAAAGGGUUCCCAAGUCUCCACUAAAUAGUGGGUAAGGUAGGGAGGGAGGGUGUGUGUAAAUGAGAGUGUUGUAGGCAUAAAAACAAAUAAAAUAGGUUAACAGUUAAAUAGUUAGAAAAAGCACCAAUAUUGAGCGACCAACAACUGCAAUGCAGCCACGUCCAACACAAAUAUACAGUGCAAAGUAAAAUGUUAAAAGUUAAAAACACCGAUAUUGAGCGACCAACAAACUGCAAUGCAGCCACGUCCAACACAAUACACAGUGCAAAAUAAAACAAAAGGAACUGAAGGGUUAAUAUAUAAUAUAAUAUAAAGUUAAGCACCCUGAAACGAGGGAAACAGGUUUCUAGGGCAAAUAGAUCCAUUAGCUAUAACCGUAGCAAGAUGUCUGCAGCAUUUUUAAUUGACACAUGAAAGUACUGAAAGGUCUUGGAAAAAAAAAGGUAAAUGAUUACUUACUCUAAAAUACUUCAGAUAGCCUCCGUAGCAGACCAAUUAGCGAGCAAAAAAACUUGGAAACUCCUCAGCUAGUAGACAAAAAUUCCUCUUAUCAUGGAUGUGGCAAACAAAAAGUAGCAAAAACAAUUUUUUUGCUGCUCACACCAUAGUUAAUCGUCAGCAUGAUGACGUACAAAAUGAGAGGAGUCUGGGGACGAACUUAUCCCAGCUGAAUGAAAACGAAAAUGGAUGAAAAAAGGGGGUUACCCUACUUAAACAUGACUUUUUUUAAAAAAUAGAUAAAUAAAUAAAUAAACUGCCAACCAGAAAAUAUAAUUAUCUAUAAUGUUAUUUCGUUCUUAAACCUUUGAAAGUGGCUAAAAAGCCAGUUGCUGUUCUAGUGGAAAAUGGGAGGAGCAUGGGGAUGAAUUUAUCCCAGCUAAAUGAAAAAGGAAAUGGGCGGGAAAAAAAAAAAAAAAGGAAGAAAAAGGGGGGGUUAAACCCUCUUUAAAAGUUGUUAUUAAAGAAGAUAAAUUGCUAACCACAAAAUAUGAUGAUCUAUAAUAUUAUUUCGUUCUUUAGAACAUCGAGAGUAAAGAAAAAAAAAAAAUUUGUAGCUGUUCUAAUUAAAGGAGGGUGUUAGGGUUAACCCUUCAGUUCCUUUUGUUUUAUUUUGCACUGUGUAUUGUGUUGGACGUGGCUGCAUUGCAGUUUGUUGGUCGCUCAAUAUCGGUGUUUUUAACUUUUAACAUUUUACUUUGCACUGUAUAUUUGUGUUGGACGUGGCUGCAUUGCAGUUGUUGGUCGCUCAAUAUUGGUGCUUUUUCUAACUAUUUAACUGUUAACCUAUUUUAUUUGUUUUUAUGCCUACAACACUCUCAUUUACACACACCCUCCCUCCCUACCUUACCCACUAUUUAGUGGAGACUUGGGAACCCUUUCAUUAGGGAUUCCAUACCACACCUGUAAUGCCACAAAGGUUGCUAGAGAAACUACUGUUUUUGUUUUUUUUUGUUUUUUUUUUUUUUGUUUUUUUUUUUUCAAAACAAUAUUUGUUGUGAAGAGUUAUUUGAAAAUAUUUCGAGACUGCUCUAGCUAAAUGUGAAAAGCGUCGACUUGGAAAUUAUCAUGAUUUUUAUAUAAGGUACGGCAGAUUUCAUUCUUGUUACUGCUAAAUAAACUCUCGUUAUCGAAUCAAAGUUACCUUAAAUUUAAGAAAAGAGGGUAUUUAUUUAACCUGCGAUCCUUUUUUUUUAAUUACAAAUUGAACAUAUAUAAUACUGCGUGCUGUUGUUUUUGAAAACAGAAAAGCCUACCUUUUUCAGCCUUUUUCUUUCCCUCUAAUUAAUAUAUCACCGCAGGCAUGCUGUUUCAAAGAGACCUUUUAAGGAUAAAAAAGACUGCACGUUUUAAUUAAGAUACUGAUAUUGGACAAACAGCAAGGCACACUCAGACUUAACUUAAUUCAAUUUUUUGCCCUUAUAUUUAAUUAAAACUGACUGAUUUUCUCAGGUUUCUCCUGAUAUAGGAAAUGGUCAUGCAGAGGCAUUGUCAAGUAAUGGCCACUACAGUCAAUACAGUAGUAUGAACCCCGCUAAGACCUUUAUCUUGGGAGAUAAAAGAACAAAAAAAUCCAUGCAAAAACAAAAACAAAAAUGUCAUUUUUUUGUACAGUUGAGCAGAAAAGUCUUCGGCUGAGAAGGAUCAGAAGAACCUGCUGUCUUUAGCCUGCCAAAGCACGACCCAAUAUGAGACCAAUUUUCAACAGCAGCCUCGAUUUUCAGCCACAAGGUACUAAAUGUCCAACUCUCACCAAGUAAAAGAUCUCUCGCAAAAUUGGGAGAUAAAUAUGUGCUACGAGGAGUUUAUUUUAUAAUUACAUUUUUCCCCUACUCAAUUGUAGACUAAGGAAAGCAUGCAAUAACAUUAUCUAAUUUCUAGGCAUGCACCCACUUAAAGGAAGUUUUAUAAAUGUUGGUUAUAAACAAUUUGUAGUAAACGAUCAAGUGCGAGAAAGAUUAUUUGGCAAUUUUAUUUCGUAACAAAGCUAGCUUUCUCUCAUUGUGAACUGGUAGCACUCACCAGAGAAAAGCUAUUUUAAUUAAAAAGUAGUGUUUACUUCAUCAGUUCAGAGUUUAAUAAAUAUGAAAGCAUCUUAGUUUUGAAUGAGUUGGCAGUUAACUGACAGCUGUAAAGCAAACUCCUUUGACUGAAAUCCUGCAACCAUCACAGUAGCAAAAAUAAAAUAUUUAUAAGGUACUACAUUCUACAUAUUCUAUUACCAGAGAAGAGGCACGGGUGUGGGCUACCUACGGUUUAAGUUAUAUAGGUAUAUGCUGAAUUAAUUAAGGAGUAGUUUUUGAGCUGUUUUGGUCUGACAAAGGUUUUGGAUUUCGCCCAUUAUGAUCUGAAAUAGGUAUGGUUCUUAAGGAAACAUAUGAAUGUAUGUGUCUUUACAGCUCAGCAAGACCUUGGUCGCCCAAUACAAAACGUUUUAAUUUAUAAGGGGGCAUAUUCUGCGCACCGCUGUACCUCACUGGUCUAGAACGUGGAGUACUUGCUAACUGAAAUAUGCUUUUGGAAUUUCUGAAAAUUAUAGGGUUUUUUAUACAUUGUAGUCAACAUCUGUCUUCUCAUUGGCUAAAAGCCUACAGUUAAUUCUGGGAAACAGCGCAACCUACAGAUUAUUCACUAAUCUGUACCUACAGAUUAGUGAAUAAUCUGUAGGUUGCGCGCGCAAUGCGUGAUUUCCAAGAGCAAUGUCAAGUGCACGGACAGCAAUGUCAAGUUCGCGGACAGCGAAGUAAGAAUGGCUUCCCGAUUCGCUUCAUCGACCCAGCAAGAAAUUGAGAAAUUACUUGAAGAUAAAGUAUAAUAAAACAAUUAUUAGAUUCGGUCUUUGUGAUAUCCGGAAUAAUCAAGGUCUCGGUUAGUGUUAUCAGCCUCAGCCUUCGGCUGAUAACACUUACCUCGACCUUGAUUUUUCCGGAUAUCACAAAAACCUCAUCCAAUAAUUGUUUAUAGUCAGUUUGUUGAUCACGUGACCAACAGUGCGUUGAACGCAAACUGGUCGAGAAGCAACUGAAGCCAAGGCCUGUUACACAUUUCCUGGCUGCUAGUGAGGUUCCUCUACUAGAAAUCAUUUUUAGGUACCCUUUAAUUCAUCGCUCUUUAGCGACUCUAUGCACUGCACAAUUGAGAAAAGAUCAUAAGGUCUUCUACAUGAUAACCAGCGUAUAACACAGAUUCUAAUGGGUUACAUUUAUCUCAGCUGGCCUAACAAAGAAUUGUUUUGCUUAUAUGUUCAGAUAACAUGUCAACAACAGAUCAACAGUUACUUAGGCAGCUAUUGGCAAGUCGUUCCCUCAUUACAUUUUUGGUUUCAUUAUUUGGUAAUUCAGCGAUCAUUCAUAUUGUACGAAAAGACAAUUCUAUGAAGACCACAACGAAUUAUUUAAUUGUAAACCAAGCGUGUGCAGAUAUCCUGGUAACAACGAUGGAGUCAUUGAAUGAUAUUACAUACUACUUUGAGGACAAGUGGUUUGAAGGAAUACUUGGAAUUAUUACUUGCAAGUUGUUGAGGGCCAGUCCCUUUAUUCUUUCUGCUUUCUCUGUUUGGAUCCUUGUUGCCAUUGCUGUUGACCGGUUUUUUGCCGUUACUCGACCUUUUCAAGUUUCUCCUUUAUCUCGACAUUUCAAGAAAACAGUGGUGUUUCUCUGGGUUUGGUCAGCUGUGUCUGCGGCUAAUAUCCUCGCCCUAAUCGGCUUAGUAAAGGAAAAAACUUCUGAUUUUUGCGAAACGGUUGAGAAAGUGUAUUACGGGUGGAGAGAAUUCUUCCUCACUAGUCUUGUCCUGAACGUCGUUGUCCCUCUCGUUGCAAUCAUUAUUCUAUACACAAUUAUUUGCCUUAAACUAUGGGCACGUAAAGUUCCAGGAGAAGGAGCCAAUCGGAAUGAGAGGCAAGUAGAGGCCAUAAAAACAGCAAAAAAAGUUACCCGGAUGAUGAUUGCUGUUGUGGUACUGUAUGAGCUGUGUUGGCUUCCAUACUUUAUCACAAUGUUGAUGAGCUUAACUAGAGGAGAGUCUCCUUUGAAAAGUGACCCUCCAACAGGGAAUAUUCAUUUAAAUUUCUUCAUCGUUUGGUUAACAUUUGCUUACAGUGCAGUUAAUCCAUUUGUGUAUCUCACUCUCAAUCAGAAGUUUCGCAAUGGGUUUAAACAUUUAUAUAAAGACUGCUUAACCAAACCUCGAGGUAUUCUUCCCUUUCGAUCCCAAAAUGUAGAGUUGGAACAAAUAUGAAUCGUUUCAAAUUGUAAUACUGGACACGGACGAUAGCAUAAUUAAAAAAGGCAAACAUUAUUUUGUUGGGUAGUGUAAAUUAGAGGAGACUCACUGCUUAUGAAAGUCAGCAAACAUUUAUGAUGACCUUAUGAAAGGGAAUCCAAGACAGUCUUGGAUUCUGGAUUUUUUGCGCAUGUGAUUCCGGAUUAAAGGUUCUGGAUUCAGGAUUCUUUGUCAGUGGAACUUGGAAUCCUGAUUCCUUGAGCUGUAUUCCGGGUUCCAAAGCCCAGGAGCCGGAUGUCGGAUUCCCCACAAGCAAAAUGUUCCAGGCUUUUGGAACCCGCAUUCCCUUACAUAGGGUUAUAAAGAUGUCAGUAAACUGGUAAACAACUGCAUUUGCUGCAGUUUAUGUUUUGAGCUCCUAAAUGACAAGUGCAAAAUCUUUUGUUUUUGUCUCACAAAUUGUUAUUAUAAAAGAUUUUCAUUUAAUAUAGCCGUGGUGACCUGUCCAAAUGAGUUUUCUUGUGUAAUUCUCUUGUUGUCUUCUACGGCUGAUUUUCAAGCAGUUAUUCUGAUAUUUCAGUUAAUUCUGAUAUUGACCUACCCUUCCCCUAAGCCAACAUUUGCCCUAAGUGAGAACUAAGUGUUAAUGUUGGCUUUGGGGAAGAGUACGGUAGGUGGGCAGUUUCCCAGAAACGUAUAAUAAUCCGUAAGCUGUUGGUGUUGCUAAAUAGUGAUAUUUAAAUAGUUAAGUUUUUUUAACAAUAUUUUUUGUGAACAGAUAUCUGAAAAUACUUUCGAGCCUGCUCUAGCUAGGUGUAGAUGCUACUUUCCCUAACUCUAUGUUUCACGUUGAAGGUUUUCGUUUGAGUCGUCGUGACAGAAAGGCUGGAGGAGGUGGAUUGAUGGUGUUCGUAAGGAGUGAUAUCUGCUUUAUUAGAGUUAAAGAGCUCAAAGGGCUCUCUUCCGAUACAUGGUCAACCUUUAAGACGGAGUCGAUUGUUUUGAAAGUCAAACUACCGAAGACUUGAAUUACUGUUGUGGGCAUUUACCGACCUCCCUCGAUUGUGAGAUCUCAGUGGACGCGUGAACUCUCUGUUCUCUUCGAAGCAGUUUUCCUAGCAGGAGACUUAAACGCGGACCUUCUUGCUCCUGAUAAACAACACAGAGACGGUCGGGCUCUACUAGAUCUGCUAGAUAUUUUUAAUCUUGAUUGUUUGAUUACGGAACCAACUCGCACAACAAAAACAACUGAAACACUGCUUGACUUAAUCCUGACGAAUGACAAGAAAAAGGUCUAAACAUCAGGCGUGGUAGACACGCAACUUAGUGAUCAUUCGUUAGUUUAUACUAUCCUGCGAUCAUCAGCACCAAGGACUCGAUCUCGCAAGAUUUGUUUUCGUAGUCUGAAAAACUUCAGUCGAGAGAACUUUGUGCAUGAUAUGCAAAUUGUGCCUUUCCACAUAAUUGAUUUGUUUGAUGAACUUGAUGAUAAGCUUUAUGCAUUUGAGCAAUUGUUUCUAAGUGUUCUCAAUGAACACGCACCUAUCAAGCAAACAAUGAUGCGUGGUAAUCAGGUGCCUUAUAUGACGGAACAAUAUGGAGGAGGGCGAUCAGGCAUCGCAACAAACUGUGGAAAAAAUUCACGCGCAAUCGUACUGAUGCAAAUUACGAGGCAUACAAAAUUCAACGUAAUACCUGCACCUCUCUUAGGCGAAAAGCAAUAAAACAACACUUCGCGAGGAAAACAGCAGACACCGAACACCCGCGCGAAUUCUGGUCUACUUUCCGCCCCUUUUUGCAUACUAAAAGUAAGCAAGCCAAUGACAUUAUCUUGAAAGAAAAUGACAGGAUUAUUAGUGACAAAAAGGAGAUUGCCAAUCUGCUUAAUGACUACUUUGUUCACAUUGCUGACAGCAUGCCUGAAAUACGAGCAGAGGAUUACGGUGAGGAUUAUGCAAAUCAUCCCAGCAUCAAAGCAAUCCAUGAACACAGGGGCUCUAGUGCUCCAGCUUGCUUCAGUUUUCAUCGCGCAAGUGAAACCCAGGUUGAGCUAUUACUAAAAGAGAUCAAUGUACGUAAGUCACCUGGUCACGAUAUGAUCCCACCAAAGUUGAUUAAAGAAGCGGCAGCUGUUAUUGCGCGGCCUAUAACAAGUAUAAUAAACUGUUGCAUUGAACAUUGCUGUUAUCCUACUAGCUGGAAGAUGGGCAUGGUUACUCCUCUGUACAAAAAGACGACGAGUUUUGUAAGAUCAACUAUAGGCCCGUAACUGUGCUCCCUGCUCUAAACAAUAUUUUUGAAAGGCUUCUAUCGGGGCAGAUGUAUGAAUUUUACAAUGGGGUCUUAUCAGAAUUCAUAAGUGCUUAUAGAAAGUUUUAUAGUUGCGAGACCUCUUUGCUAAGGUUGACCGAGGACUGGAGAAUGAUGCGUGAGAGGGGGGAGCUUGUUGCGGUAUUUUCUAUGGAUCUCUCCAAAGCGUUUGAUGUUAUUCAGUAUCCACUCCUCCUUUCGAAACUGAGGGCCUAUGGUAUGGACGACAAAAGUUGUACCCUAAUUAGGAACUAUCUCUCUAGCAGAACUCAGAGAGUUAAAGUUGGAGACACCUUUUCGACCUGGGAAAGCGUCAAGCGUGGGGUCCCGCAGGGGAGUGUGUUAGGUCCCAUGCUAUUCAACAUUUUCAUAAACGAUCUUUUCUUCCACGUCAAGAAGGCCAAGUUGAACGCUUAUGCGGAUGAUCAUCAGGUAUACUACUCCCACGUCGAUCCGGCAGCUCUGGAUGCAUGCGUAUCUCAUGAUGUUGGCGUGGCCAAUCAGUGGUACCAUGAAAAUGGGAUGUUAGUUAAUGAGAGCAAGCACCAGUGUCUAAUCCUCGGUGAUACGGAGUAUGGUUUUUCCUUCCCAGUAAAGGACACGUUAGAGAUUUUGGAAUGGAAAUAGAUAAUAAUCUGAAUUUUUCUAAACAUAUAUCAAAUGUAUGCAAAAAGAUUAAUAAUCAAUUUAAUGUUAUGUUGCGCUUUAGAAAACUCAUACGCAAGGAAAUCUUAUUCAAACUUUACAAAGCGUAUAUUUUACCUCACUUUUAUUAUUGCUCCUCUGUCUGGCACUUUUGUGGAGCGCGCGAUGCGGAUAAGCUCGAAGCUUUAAAUAAAAGAAUACUUAGAUUUAUACUUGGAGAUUACUCGUCUCCAUACAACACUCUUCUCUCAAAAGUCAGCUCUACUUCUUUGUUUAACAAACGCAUUCAAAAUUUCCUCAUUCUGUUAUAUAAGAGUUUGUUUUUCACUCAUUUUCCUACUUAUAUGAAGAAUAUGUUUUCACUCCGGUCCUCUUCCUAUGAUCUUCGUGGCAACUACAUUCUUUCACUAAGUAAACCUAAAACAACUACCUAUGGUCUUUUCUUACUUUUCAGCUAAGCAGUGGAAUGCACUGCCGGACUUUUUUCGUACCAGUUUUUUUUGCAGACUUUAAGACUAAAAUACAGGAUGUUACCUUGAUGUAGAUUCUUUUUGCCUGACAUACUUAAACUUAAAAUUGUGAAUUGUAAAUGAUAUUUUCUUUCCUUGCAUUUAAUGUAUAUAUAUAUUUUCUAUAUAGUUUUUAUGUAGUGUCAGCUCGAAGAUAUUAGCUUGUUAGCUACUCUAAAAUUCGAGUUUAAAUAAAGUUUUAUGUUAUGUUAUGUUAUGUUAUGUUAUGUGAAAAGCGUCGACUUGGUAAUUGUUAUGAUUAUUAUAUGAGGUACGGCAGAUUUCAUUCUUGUUACUGCUAAAUAAACUCUCGUUGUCGAAUCAAAGUUACCUUAAAUUUAAGAAAAGAGGGUAUUUAUUUAACCUGCGAUCCUUUUUUUUUUAUAAAUUGUACAUAUAUAAUACCGUUUGCUGCUUUUUUUUUGAAAACAGAAAAACCUACUUUUUUUCACCGCGAGCAUGCUGUUUCAGAGAGGCCUUUUAAUGAUAAAAAAGGACUGCACGUUUUAAUUAAGAUACCGAUAUAACUUAAUUCAAUUUUUGCCCUUAUAUUUAAUUAAAACUGACUGAUUUUAUCAGGUUUUUCCUGAUAUAGGAAAUGGUCAUGCAGAGGCAUUGUCAAGUAAUGGCCACUACAGUCAAUACAGUAGUAUGAACCCCGCUAAGACCAUUAUCUUGGGAGAUAAAAGAACAAAAAAUUCAUGCAAAAACAAAAACAAAAAGUCAUUUUUUUGUACAGUUGAGCAGAAAAGUCUUUGGCUGAGAAGGAUCAGAAGAAACUGCUGUCUCUAGCCUGCUAAAGCACGACGCGAUAUGAGAUCAAUUUUCAACAGCAGCCUCGAUUUUCAGCCACAAGGUACUAAAUGUCCAACUCUCACCAAGUAAAAGAUCUCUCGCAAAAUUGGGAGAUAAAUAUGAGCUACGAGGAGUUUACGGCUUUACUUUAAAACUACAUUUUUCCCCUACUCAAUUGUAGACUAAGGAAGUCAUGCACUAGCAUUAUCUAAUUUCUAAGCAUGCACUCACUUUAAGAAAGUUUUAUAAAUGUUUGUUAUAAACAAUUUGUAGUAAACCAUCAAGUGCGAGAAAGAUCAUUUGGCAUAUUGCUUUUAAUUUUAUUUCGUAACAAAGCUAGCUUUCUCUCUUUGCGAACUUGUAGCACUCACCAGAGAAAAGCUAUUUUAAUUAAAAAGUAGUGUUUACUUCAUCAGGUCAGAAUUUAAUAAAUAUGAAAGGAUCUUAGUUUUAAAUGAGUUGGCAGUUAACUGACAGCUGUAAAGCAAACUUUUUUGACUGAUCAUGAAAUCCCGCAACCAUGAUAGUAACAAAAAUGAAAUAUUUACAAGGUACUACAUGCUAUCUACAUAUUCCAUUACCAGAGAAGAGACACGGGUUGGGGGGGGGGGGGGGGGGGGGGGGCUACCUACGGUUUAAGUUAUAUAGGUAUGUGCUGAUUUAAGGUGUAGUUUUUAAGCCGUUUUGGUCUGACUAUGGUUUGGAUUUUGCCCAUCAUAAUCUGAAAUCGGUAUGGUUCUUAGGGAAACACGAUAGCAUAUGAAUGUAUUUGUACUUUACAGCUCAGCAAGACCUUUGUCGCCCAAUACAAAACGUUUUAAUUUAUAAGGGGCAUAGCCUGCGCACCGCUGUACCUCACUGGUCCAGAACUUGGAAUACUUGCUAAUUGAAACAUGCUUUUGGAAUUUCUGAAAAUUAUAGGUUUAGUGUUUGUUGAUCACGUGACCAACAGUGCGUUGAACACAAACUGGUCGAGAAGCAACUGAAGCCAAGGCCUGUUACACAUUUCCUGGCUGCUAGUGAGGUUCCUCUACUAGAAAUCAUUUUUAGGUACCCUUUCAUCGCCCUUUAGCGACUCUAUGCACUGCACAAUUGAGAAAAGAUCAUAAGGUCUUCUACAUGAUACUGGCCAGCGUAUAACGCAGAUUGAACGGGUUACAUUUAUCUCAGCUGGCCUAACAAAGAAUUUUUUUCUUUAUGUUCAGAUAACAUGUCAAGAACAGACUAUGAACAACUAGCUGAACGGUUUCUAAGGCAGAUAUUGGUGGGUGGUUACGUCUUUGCAUUUCUGGUUUCAUUAGUUGGUAAUUCAGUGAUCAUUCAUAUUGUACGAAAAGACAAUUCUAUGAAGACCACAACCAAUCAUUUGAUUGUAAACCAAGCAUGUGCAGAUAUCCUGGUAGCAACGAUGGAGUUACUGAAUGAUACUACUUAUUUCUUUGAGAACAAGUGGUUUGAAGGAAUAAUUGGAAUUAUUACUUGCAAGUUGUUAAGGGCCAGCCUCUUUAUUCUACCUGCGUUUUCUGGCUGGAUCCUUGUUGCCAUUGCUGUGGACCGGUUUUUUGCCGUUACUCGACCUUUUCAAGUUUCUCCUUUAUCUCGACAUUUCAAGAAAACAGUUCUGUUACUAUGGGUUUGGUCAGCUAUUUCUGCGGCGGCAAAUUUCCUUGCCCUAACAGGCUUAAGAAAUGACAGGACGUAUGUUUAUUGCAAAACAGUUGAUGAAGUGUACUAUGAAUGGAUAGAAUUCUCCCUCACUAGUCUUGUCGUGAACGUUGUUGUCCCUCUCGUUGCAAUCAUUAUUUUAUACACAAUUAUUUGCCUUAAACUAUGGGCACGCAGAGUUCCAGGAGAAGGAGCCAAUCAGAAUGAGAGGCAAGUAGAGGCCAUUAAAACAGCAAAAAAGUUACCCGGAUGA